UUGGCGGCGGGGCGUAGGAGUGUUGACGCUAUGUAGGAGUUUGAAACUAUGCAGCAAAGUGAAAGGAGGAAGCAGAGAUCUUUUCUGAAGCUGCCGUCACAGUGAGUGUGAAAACUUCUGCUACACGGUCAACUGAUGAAGUGAUUGUUGAUUCUCCUGCUGCCUCUGGAUCAGUGAAGGCUUCUGUCCUGCUGCCUCUGGAUCAGUGAAGGCUUCUGUCCUGCUGCCUCUGGAUCAGUGAAGGACUUCACUGCAGCUUCAUCCAGACUCACUGGGAACAGGUCACAGAGACAAGUGUUAUACUUUGUUUUAAAAAGGCUCUCUUCUGCUACAGACUGAAUCAUGGGGCUGGAUGAAGUCAGAGUGACCUCUGACCCCUCAGGAUCACGACCUCGUGCUCGACCUCAGGGUGUGUUCCACAGCAUCAAGUUCUUCGUGUUGUGCCACAGUCUCCUGCAGCUGGCCCAGCUGCUGGUGUCAGGCUACAUGAAGAGCUCCAUCUCCACCAUCGAGAGACGUUAUGGUCUCUCCAGUCAGAAGUCCGGGAUCCUCGCCGCCUUCAACGAGGUUGGAAACACGGUGCUCAUCGUCUUCGUGAGCUUCUUGGGGAGUCGAGUCCACCGGCCGCGGUUCAUCGGGGCCGGAGCUCUGCUGGCUGGCCUCGCCUCGCUGAUGAUGGCGCUGCCGCACUUCUUGAGUGGACCGUAUGACUACAGCAGCUCCACCAGCUCAGCCUCGAGUCUUAACAGCAGCCUCUGCCAAUCAACAAACAUCUUCAGCACCUCCUCAUCCAAUCAGAGCUGCAGCCGGCAGCAGAGUCCCGCCCAGGAAAGGGUGUACCCUCUGCUGCUAUUGGCUCAGCUGCUGCUGGGGGUUGCAGCCGUUCCCAUCCAGCCCUUUGGGAUCUCCUACAUCGACGACUACGCCAGCAAGAGGAACGCUCCGCUUUACCUCGGAAUCCUCCUCGCCGUGACGUCCAUCGGUCCGGCCCUCGGCUUCAUCACCAGCUCCCAGAUGCUGAGACUCUACGUGGACUUUGACAAGUUGUCCACAGACCAGAUCCGGCUGGAGUCCAGAGACCUUCGCUGGGUCGGCGCCUGGUGGCUCGGCUUCCUGGUGGCCUCCGGCCUCCUGGUCCUCGUGGCGCUGCCGUACCUCUUCUUCCCCAGAGUCAUGCCCAGAGAGGACGGAGUGGACGAUGCAGAGUCCAGACCGGACGACCAGCUGCAGCAUCUCUCCCUCCUUCAGUUCCUCAAAAGUUUCCCUCGGAUCGCUCUGCGGACGCUGCAGAGUCCCGUCUUCCUGCUGGUGGUGCUGGCGCAGGUCAACCUGGCAGCGCUGCUCGCCGGCCUCGCCACCUUCAUGGCCAAGUUCAUCGAGAGACAGUUCAGUCAGACCGUCUCCUUCUCCACCCUGAUGAUAGGAGGAGUCGGGAUCCCGAUGGCAGUGCUGGGCACCGUCCUGGGCGGAGUCCUGAUGCGGAGGUUGAAUCUGUCUGUCAGUGGAGCCAGCAAGUUGUGCACCAUCGCCAUCCUGCUCUGCAUCAUGUCCUCCGUGCCGCUGCUGCUCAUUGGCUGCUCCACCCAGAGGGUCGCCGGUGUCUUUCCUCCAGACCCUGAUGCACUGUCGUGCAGUUCCAGCUGUGGUUGUCCUCAGGACGUCUUCAACCCGGUGUGUGGUUCAGACGGGGUCGAGUUCCGGUCACCGUGUCACGCCGGCUGCAAAGUGAUGGAGACACACGGCAAACACAAAGUCACUAACUACACUGAGUGUCGCUGCGUCACCGGACUCAGACACGCGGCUCCUGGGACCUGCGGCAGCGGCUGUGCCCACCUGCUCCCCCCCUUCAUGGCUCUUCUGGGAAUCACCAGCUUCAUCGCUGCUUUCUCUCAGACGCCGUCAUACAUGAUGAUUCUCAGGACGGUGCCGACAGAGGACAAGUCCUUUGCUGUGGGAGUUCAGUACAUGUUGUUCAGAGUGCUCGCGUUCAUGCCCGGCCCCGUGUUGUACGGCAGUGUCAUCGACACCACCUGCAUCCUGUGGGGCAGGAAGUGCGACAAGCAAACGUCCUGUCUGUACUACAACCUGGACCGAUUCAGACAGAGGUUUCUGGGUUUGCAGGUCGUAUUCGUGUGCGGGGGAAUGCUCUGCUUCCUGUUGACCGUCGUGGUCCUGAGGCGGUCGACCACACGUCAGGAACCAGAGGAGGACGGGAAGGGGUACGAGCUGGUGACGGAGCAGAAAACACCUGAGGACGCAUCAUCUAGAGGGAGACAAGAGAAAGGUGUGAAGACCUGAGGAGAGGAAACCAGAGGACGCAGGGAAAGACAGAGGACGUCUGACCAGAGAGCCGGAGGGAGGAGGGGAGGAGGAAGAAGAAGAAGAAGAAGAGGAAGAAGAAGAAGAGUGGAGAUGGUCAGUGAUGCGGCUGCAGUGUUUCUGCUGAGUCGUCCGAAGCAGCAGCUGACGUCAUGUGACUAAGAGCUUUUAUUUUUGUAUCUGUCCGAUCGCUGCUGUGUUCCUUCAUAAGCUCAUUCUCACAUAUAUGAUGAUUUUACAUGUUAAUACACUUUUUUUUAUAUAAUGCCAAAGUCCACAAUUAUUCCUUCAACAAAUGUGAACUCUGAAGCCACUGGGUGGUAUCAAGGUCCCGCCCAAACACACCCACGGCCAAUCAGGAGUCAGUCUCAACUGUCAAUCACAACUUCUCAGCCAGUUUUUAUGCCAUCGAAUAACUAAUGAUGGCUUCACUCUCACUGGACUUUGGACCAAUCACAGAGAACCUUCUGGUCUUUUAUAAAAAUGUACUGAUGAUGUAAUAAAGUCUUCAAUCUUCAAA